AUGGCUCCAAGAAAGAAGAAGACGAAUUGGACGCGGGCAAGGAAGAAGAAAAAGAAGUCGCCGUCUGACAUCUUGCAAGAAACAUUUUACGAUCCUCAGGCGCCAGCCGGUUAUGCAGGCGCAGAUCAAGUGCGACGUCAGGCGCGCCGCUCUGGAGUCAAACCUCAGCAAGUGGAUCAAUGGUUGCGCCGACAGCCUGGCUACACGUUGCAUCGGCCUGUGCGUCGUCGCUUUGUGCGUCGUCGCGUGCGAGUCGACGGGUUGGACGAACAAUGGCAGGCCGAUUUGGCCGACGUGCGCAAGCUGAGCCAAGCCAACGACGGAAACGAGUACCUGUUGAUUGCGCUCGACGUGCUGUCGCGCUACGCCUUUGUCCGCCCCAUCAAGAAGAAGAACGCUGCGACGGUAGCGCGGGCGUUUGAGGACAUUUUCGAAGAGAGCGGUCGCCAGCCGGACGCUUUGCAAACGGACGAAGGAACUGAAUUUCUCAACAGCACGCUGCGCGGCGUCUUGAAGGAGCGCGGCAUUCGUCACUUUGUGGUCUAUGGCGACACCAAGACGCAGAUCGUGGAACGCUUCAUUCGCACGUUCAAGAACCGCAUGUGGCGAUAUUUUACGGCUCACAACACGCAUCGGUACAUGGACAUUUUGCAGGAUUUGGUGAAAGGAUACAAUGCAGGCUUUCAUCGUUCCAUCCAGCGCAGCCCCGAUUCGGUGACGCACGCCAACGCGCAAGACGUCUGGAGACACUUGUACGCCGAACCCGAAAAGCCUAAGAAACGUCGACGUCGCUAUCGCUUCAAACCUGGCGACCAGGUUCGGUUAAGCAAGAAGGCCGAAGCCUUUAAAAAGGGCUACACGCCCGGCUGGACGGAAGAAAUCUUUGUAGUCCAACGUCGCGUUCCUGGUUGGCCGCCUCUGUACAAAAUUAAAGAGUGGGACGGAACGCCGCUGAGUGGGUUGUUUUACGAAUCCGAAUUGCAACCCGUGACGGUCGACGAGACGGACACCUUUCGCGUCGAAGAGGUGAUUCGACGUCGUCGUGCUACUCGGACUCGUCCGGCAGAAGUUUUGGUCAAGUGGCGAGGCUGGCCCGAUAAGUACAACAGCUGGAUUCCCGAGAGUAACGUGCAAGAAACAUGA